AUGUUGAGCCUUCGACGGCUGAUAUGGAUCGCUGCUUGCAAGCGUGUACUGUCAUUUAGAACCACCAUCCCAAUUAAAAGUUUGCAUACAAACUCACAACCUGUACUAUCACUUCGCAAUGUCAAAUUUCGGCCUUACUCGACAAUUCCGCUUUUGCAAUCUUUAGUACCAACAUGCAAUUCGUGCGGAAUAACUCUUCAAAAAACUGAUCCAGAUCGUCCUGGUUUCUACAGAGAACCCGGAACCGGUCAAAAAUUGGUUCGGAAGGAGAAUCUUGUGGCAUCUAAUGCUUAUAAUGGUCUUGAUGACGAUGACUUAAAGCUCCUCUUAAAUUCAAGUGGUGAAGAAAAAGACAUUUCCUUAUUCAAGCAGAGAAAUGAACCAUCUCCCAAAGUUGCUCCACAAUCAAUUCAGUGCAUAAGAUGUAGGGAAGCACAAUUUCGGUCGGAAUAUAGUCAAGAUGAGUUUCCAAUAGAAUCGCUCGAUGCGAUCAUGACCUCAUUACCUCCCGAUGCCAAGUUGGUUUACGUCAUUAGCGCUGCCGAUUUUCCCAUGUCGUUGGACCUGCGAGUGUUUCUGUAUCGGAGCGCUUUGGAGAUACUUUUUGUCAUAACCAAAUGUGACCUUUUGUUUCCCACAUUGAAUCUCGCCAACAAGUAUGGUCUUCCAUUUUUCCAGGACUACUUCUAUCGCAAGCACGGAGUGCUGGGCGAGAAUGUUGUUCUUACCAGUGGAAAAAUCGACUGGAAUAUACCAACACUUUUAAAAAACGGCAAGAUCCGUGACAAUUCAUACUUGAUUGGCAGCGUCAAUAGCGGAAAAUCAACCCUACUCAAAUCAAUGCUCAGUGUUUCAAACAAACUUGCAGCCAAGAAACAACACCUAAGUUCCAGAGAGAGGGUCAAACUUGAAAAGGAACAAGAUAGACUCAUCAAUUCUGGAGCCUCAACCCCAUCGGAUAUACGAGCACUCCGUCGUAAGAAUGAGCAAGAAAAGAAUCGCACGGGUCCAGGUGCCUCGUACAUGCCAGGGUAUACCAGAGGAACUAUUCCAUACGACGUGGACGGUAUCACUAUGCACGAUGUUCCAGGAUUUGGCGAGAAUGUGGAUUCGAAUGAAUUUGCUAGUCUUUUCUCGUAUUUGCAGCCAUCUCAAAUGAAGCAAUUAAGUAAAGGUGUCCCCAUCCACAAAUACGGAACAUAUAAAUCUCCCUUCGAGACUAUAAAGGGAGGUCAAUGUUACACAGUUGGUGGAAUCUUUUACAUGGUUCCACCUCCUGGUACCAUGGUGCAAGCUCGAAAUUGUAUCAACCAUAAAGCGCACAUUUUCUCAAAUGUUGACAAGGCUAAAGCACUGCUUGAAGCAGUAGCAAAUGAAGAUGAAAAUGGAGCUCAUGCUGGACUUCGUAAUGUUUUCAUCAUGCCUGGUUCAGCACUCAAAAAACUUGUUCCUCGUUACAUUCCUGCUUUCUACGGUGCCAUUGAUUUGGUCGUAGCCGGUGCAGGUCAUGUCAAUUUGACCCCCACAGGAGCUCCAACACCAACUGAUGAACCAUGGAUAGUUUGGGUUCCUCAAGGAGUAAGAAUCUGGGUAAGACAGCCCAUUACUCGAUACAUAACUCGUACUCUUGCCGGCAGAGAUGCAAAGGGUAAUCCGCUUCGCAAAGAAUUGUGGAAACAAAAAAGUGUUACUCAUGUCGAGCGAUAUACCGGCAAAACACCUUUUUAUACCCGUCUCUCAGCCAAUCCAGACAACACCAUGGCUACCAAAGAUAAUAGGUACCCUGCGUGGUACGAAUAA